AUGUGGUUGCCUUCUUCCCCCUUUUUCCCUUUCCCUUCUUAUAACCCCUUUGUAAGUAAAAGGCUGUCUUAUCAAACAGGGCCUUUUUUUGAGUCAGGUUUGGAUAGAUCUUUGAUCACACUUCUGUGUGAUAUGUUGGAGCAUUCUAUGAGGGACUCAUAG